UUGCUUAGAACAUCGUCUAACAAUAUAAUCUGUUGUUUUUUGUGUGCAUCUGUGUGUGUGACUUUUUUGAAUAGGAAAAGGAAUUUUCGGGUUUCAGAGACAAAACAAGACAUGGGGCAGCUUGAGGAGGAGUCAACAAGAAUGAAGGAGCGAUCAUCUGCCAUGGAAGAACAAAGAGAUAAAGCACUUGAUGAGCUCAAAGGGAUGAAGUUAACUCAAGAGCUCAAUAAAAGGUCUACUGCAAUGGCAACAGGGAAGGUUGCAGACAUCCAUACAGAACUUUCCGCGGUGAAGGACUCAUUGACUGGUGCAAUUGAAGAAUUGAAGAACAAGGAGAGAUAUAUGGAAUCCUUGAAAAUAGAACUUGGAAAGGCUAAAGAGUUUGAGGUGAAAUUAGCGGAGAAAGAAGCUUCAUUUAAUAAGUUGAAAGAGGAGUUGAUUAAGGUGCAAUCCUUUGAGUCUGAAGCAAUGGAUUUGUUGUCUGAAGGUAAGAAAAGAAUUCAUGAACUGGAGGAAGAAGUUGAGAAAGGGAAGAUAUCUGAAAAGAAGAUAUAUGAUUCAUUUGUUGCCCAAACGGAACAGUUAGAGCAAACAAAGAUUUCACUUGAAGAAUCAAGGGAUGAAAUCAAGUAUCUCCUCAAAAAGUUUGAGGAAUUGGAAAUGUCAUCCGAGGCUGCAUCUCAGAGUUCGUUCGGGGAUGACCAUUCUUCCAAAGAAGCAUUAGAGACACUUGAGUCUGAGCUUCAAUUGGCUAAAGAGAGUUUGGCUCGUGCUCAGGACGAAGAGAAAGCUUCUUCCUUGAAGGCCAAGAGUCUAGCUGAGGAGGUGAGCUUGCUAAAAAAUGAACUGAAGUCUACAACUGAGGCAGAAGCAAACAACAAGAAGGCUAUGGAUGAUUUAGCCUUAGCAUUGAAAGAAGUGAUAACAGAAGCAAACCAAGCCAAGGAGAAACUCUCCUUAACGAAAAAUGAGCUUGAGGAAACUAAAGAAGAGGUAGAAAAUUUGAAGGUGAAGUUGAAGAACGUUGAGGAAAAGUAUAGCCAAGCAAAGAAAGAAGCUGAUCGAUUCAAAAACACUUCCGAGAGAUUAAGAUUAGAAGCUGAAGAGUCCCUUAUGGCAUGGAAUGGGAAAGAGACUGGAUUUGUUGAUUGCAUUAAGAAAGCUGAAGAUGAAAGGAAUGCUGCACAAGAGGAGAGUAAGGCACUGCUUGAAUCACUUAAAGAGGCUGAAAACAUGUACAAAACGGCCAAGGAAGAGAAUCAGAAAUUACGUGAUAUAAUGAAACAGGCAAUAAAUGAAGCUAAUGUAGCCAAGGAAGCUGCAAGCAUUGCUAGGGAGGAGAACUCCGGACUCAAGGAUGCCUUGGCUAAAAAAGAUGAAGCUUUGAAUUUCCUUUCCCAAGAGAACGAAAACCUUAAGAUUAAUGAAGCUGCAGCAUUUGAGAAUAUUAGGGAGUUGAAGCGAUUGUUUUGUGAGGCAACAUCAACUACAAAGGAGUGGGAAACAGAGGAUCAAGAACAAGGUAAGCAACAAAAGCCACAAAAUUCUAUAGAUAAGGAGCACAAAGAUGACAAAGAACAAACCAAGAAACCAAAGCAUCAUAGAUACGGCAGUACCUGUUUGAGUAUAAAAAUCCCACAUAAACACAAGGACGCAGAAGAAGAGCCCAAAAUCCCACUUAAAGAAAGUGACGAAGAUUCAGACUCUGACACCUCUGACCCGCUUAGAGGCUCCAUCUUUGAUGUAGCAGAAACUCCAGACACCGCAGCAAUAGCAACCCAUCACCGGAAAAAGUCUUCUUCUGCAUUCACAGACGAUGAAGCAAUGAACAGUGAGGAUUUCGAUCAUCUUGAUACAGGCCAUUUCGAUGAAGAAAGUGAUCGGAGCUCCAGGAAAAAGAGAGCAUUGCUUAGAAGGUUUGGUGAUCUUAUAAGGAGAAGAAGUUUUCAGAAGAAGGAACCAUCUUUAGAGUAAAAAUAAAAAUCUUUUGUAUGUAUGACUACUUCAAUUUGUUCGUACACUUGAUUGUAAGAUAUUUUUCUCACAGUAUGUAAAUUUGUUCAUAUUGUCUAUAUUCUUGUUUGAUUAUA